UAUGUCUUACGAUUAUCUUUUUAAAUAUAUCAUCAUAGGAGACUCAGGUAAAAUAUUAUACUUAAAAAAGGUGUUGGCAAAUCUUGUCUUUUACUUUAAUUAUUAGAUAAAAGAUUUCGAUAGAAGCAUGAAGUUACAAUUGGUGUAGAAUUUGGUGCAAAACCCAUAGAAGUUGAUGAUCUCAACAUUAAAUUAUAAGUUUGGGAUACUGCAGGAUAAGAAGCAUUUAAAAGCAUAACUCGAACUUAUUAUAGAUCAGCUGCUGGUGCUUUAAUUGUUUAUGAUGUCACAAAGUAUAUGAUUUUAUUUCUAUUAUUAUAGAAAAGAAUCCUUUAAUAGUGUUUAAACAUGGAUUGAAGAGGCAAGACAGAAUGGAAAUUAAACAAUGAGCAUGAUUUUGGUUGGUAAUAAAACUGAUCUUGAGUCUAUGAGAGAGGUUACAACAGAGGAAGGAAAGUAAUUGGCUAAGCAAUAAAAUAUUUUGUUUAUUGAGACAAGUGCUAAGACAGGAGAUCAUAUUGAUGAUGCUUUUGUUUUGAGUGCUAAAGAAAUUAUCCAAAAAUUAAAAAGCAAAUAAAUUGAUUUGCGUGAUGAAGUAUAAUAAUAAUAAUAAAUAACUAGAAUUGUGGUAUUAAGAAGGGAGCAAAUGCUCAAAAUAAAAACACACUUCAAAAUUCAGAAGAGGAUAAAAAAUAACUAAAUAGUUGUUGUUGA